AUGUCUGAUCUACUACUCAUAAAGGACGAAACGGGAAUAAUUGCUGCCAGUGGAAACAACAAUAAUGAUAAUGUGACUUCCACAAAUAACAAGCUUCCAGAAACUCGUCCUAUUAUUACCGAUGAUGCUCCCAUAAUAAUAAGAAGAAGCAGCAGCAGCAGCAACAGCAACAGCAGCAGCAGCAGCAACAGCGCUCUCAAUCGGUUACAAGUGGAAAACAGCAACUCAAUGGAACCCAAUUCUCAGGAUACAUCCGAAAACUUUCUGGAAUUCAUCAUUGAUGAACCAGCUAUUAUACAGCAGGCACCUGAUGGUACUAUGAUUGACAGCAGCGCAAUAAAAACAACGGACAUCAACGCAAACACUGCUUAUUCUGACGCAACAAACGAGCCAUCCAGAGGGGAUUAUUGUACCAAUAAUAAUACGGCAGAAGCCAUGAUUGCCGAAAGGUAUCGACGAGAGUUUGAAGAUCUACUCGAGCGAGACGAGCGUGGUGAUCCAAUCGA